AUGGGAAUGGCAAGCAAAGCAGGGGAUUGGGCCUUCAAGGCUUUCACGGCGGGCCUUGGCGUCGCCACCAUUUACCUCGCCGCCACCUUCUCCGUCAACGUCUACCGCGGCCUCGCUUGGCACAACGCCCAAUCGAAGAUGGACAAGGAAGGGUCAAAUGAGCAGAAGCCACAAUGA